AUGUGGCAGCACGGCCCCCCCGGCUAUGACUUCAGCGGCGGCGGUUUCCCCGGCGCUCCCGGGGCCGGCUACGGAUACGGAUACGCCUUCGGCGGCCCCGGUGGCGGUGGGUGGGGAGGAUGGGGCCGCCACUGCGGCGGCGGCGGUGGCGGCGGCGGUGGAGGCGGCGGCGGCGGCGGCGGCUCUGGGUGCGGAGGAGCCGCCAAGCGCGGCUUCGGCAAGGGCACCAAGGACAACAUGGCCAUGGCGAGGUUCGUGUCUCACACCUCCGGCAGCGACGUGACGAAAGUGGCCGCCGGCCAGGCGUUCAAGAAGUCGUGGCUGGUCCGCAACGACUCCACCACGACCUGGCCCGAGACCUGCUCGCUCAUCCCCGUCAGCCAGAGCUGCACGGACCUGUCCUCGCCCCCCGAAGCCCCGAUCGUGGGAGACGUCUCCCCCGGGGAGGAGGCGACGGUGUCGGUGGACCUGGUCGCGCCGCCGCAGCCGGGCAUGUACGAGGGGUACUGGCGCGCCUGCGACGACGCCUCCCGCAGGUUCGGGCAGCGCCUGUGGGCCAAGGUGAUGGUGGUGGGUCCCGGAGAGGAGGUGAAUGCAGCGGUGGAGAGGCUGUCCCUGGAAGAGAACGGAAACAAGGACAACUAA